UCGACUGCGGAUUCGCACUUCAGUCCUUCGUCGGACGCGGUUCUGUGAGGUUCUCUUCUCAGAGUAAAAAUUGUGCGUUAAAAGUGUUCUCCUCUACUUUUGUGACGGGAAGUGUAAAUUUAAUUUUUAGUGAACGGUACCAGUGAACCUUCCAAAAUGAGCAGUAAACCGAUAUACGAGCCCCAUCCCUCGAUUUCGAAAAAAGCUCACAUCAGCUCUAUGAGCCAAUACAAAGAGAUGUACAAAAAGUCCAUUGAUAACCCCGAAGAGUUUUGGUCAGAGAUUGCGAAACAGUUCUACUGGGAGACUCAAGCUGACCCGAAAAACUUUUUCAACUAUAAUUUCGACAUCAACAAAGGGCCUGUGAACAUAAAAUGGAUGGAAGGUGCAUCGACAAAUAUCAGCUACAAUUUGUUGGAUAAAAAUGUCAAAAAUGGAUUGGGAGACAAAAUAGCGUUCUACUGGGAAGGAAACGACCCAGAAGACUACAGUCGACUAACGUAUAGAAAGCUGCUAGAAGAAGUAUGCAAAUUCGCCAACGUGCUCAAAUCGAAGGGCGUCAAAAAGGGAGACAGAGUUGCAAUUUAUAUGCCAAUGAUUCUAGAAAUAGUCAUAGCUAUGCUGGCCUGUACACGAAUCGGGGCUGUGCAUUCAAUUGUUUUUGCGGGGUUCUCGUCAGAUUCACUGGCUGAAAGAAUGCUAGAUUGUAAAGCCAAAGUGCUUCUAACAGCCGACUGUGUAUGGAGAGGGGACAAACUACUUGGGCUCAAGGAAAUAUGUGAUGCAGGAAUGGAUCGAUCUGCAAAGUUAGGACACACAGUAGACGCCUGCAUAGUUGUACGUCACAUUCGAAGACUGACCAGCUCUAUGAAUGCCAGUUCAGACAGUCAUCCGUCCAACAAAACUAUACCCAUGGAUGAUGACAGAGACUCUUGGUGGGAUGAUGAGAUGGAAGAUGCCUCAAGUUCCUGCUAUCCUGAAUGGUGCUCGGCUGAAGAUCCACUAUUUAUGCUCUACACAAGUGGAUCAACAGGCAAACCAAAGGGAGUUCUGCACACAACAGGGGGUUACCUGCUAUAUGCAGCCACUACAUUCAAGUAUGUGUUCGACUACCACCCGGGUGACAUCUACUGGUGCACGGCGGAUGUGGGCUGGAUUACCGGCCACAGUUACGUCGUCUAUGGACCACUCGCCAAUGGGGCCACUUCUAUCGUUUUCGAAGGGACUCCAUUCUACCCAGACAACGACAGAUAUUGGGCUGUCAUUGAAAAGUACAAAGUGACCCAGUUCUACACGGCACCCACCGCUAUUAGGGCGCUCAUGAAAUUCGGAGAGGCUCCAGUCAAAAAGCACGAUUUAACUUCGUUGAAAGUGCUGGGAACUGUGGGCGAGCCAAUCAACCCAGAGGCGUGGAUGUGGUACUACAAGAACAUAGGCAGUGAGAGGUGUUCUAUUGUGGACACUUUCUGGCAGACAGAGACUGGUGGACAUGUUCUCACACCUCUUCCUGGAGCCACUCCUAUGAAGCCUGGCUCAGCUACAUUCCCGUUCUUCGGCGUGCUACCGGAGCUUCUGGAUGAGGAGGGAAAAGUCGUCGAUGGACCCGGGGAGGGCUACCUGGUAUUCAGGAGGCCGUGGCCCGGAAUGAUGCGCACUCUCUUCGGAAACCACGAACGGUUCGAGUCCACCUACUUCUCAAAGUUCCCCGGUUUCUACUGCACAGGAGACGGAGCCCGCCGCGACUCAGACGGCUACCUGUGGGUGACAGGGCGCGUGGACGACAUGCUGAACGUGUCCGGCCACCUGAUGAGCACGGCCGAGGUGGAGUCGGUGCUCGGCGAACACCCAUCCGUCAGCGAGGCGGCAGUCGUGUCGCGUCCGCACCCUGUCAAGGGCGAGUGCCUCUACUGCUUCAUCACGCCCAACCAGGGCAUCACAUUCACUGACAAACUCGUGUCCGAGUUGAAGACCAAAGUACGAGAAAAGAUCGGACCGUUCGCACAGCCGGACGUGAUCCAGCAUGCGCCCGGCCUGCCCAAGACACGAUCCGGCAAAAUCAUGCGUCGCGUGCUGCGCAAAAUCGCCGUCAACGACCGAAAUGUCGGCGACACGUCGACGUUGGCUGACGAAAGUGUCGUCGAGAUGCUGUUCAAGAACCGUCCUGAAUCGCUAGCUGCUUAAGCAUAAUGCAACGUCUGCAAAAUACGCAGCCUAUCGUUCAUAGCGAGGCAAACUGCUGUAAAAAUAGGUAACGUAACUUACAUAGUGAGCUGCUGU